AUGGAGGAGGGGCCGACGUCCCGGAGAACGAGACGCGUGAGGAAUGAUGGCGCCUCAAACUGCCGACCUGCCCUUGAACCGGCCCCUGCUUUUCUCAGUCUGAUGUCCAAAAGGAUCACAAAAGGAUCCAUCAGUGAACGGCAGCCGCUUCAGAAGGACCUGCAGUCCAAAUCCCUGUCCCUGUCCCAGUCCCAGUCCCAGUCCCUGUCCCAGUCCCAGUCCCUGUCCCUGUCCCUGUCCCUGUCCCAGUCCCAGUCCCUGUCCCUGUCCCAGUCCCAGUCCCUGUCCCUGUCCCUGUCCCUGUCCCUGUCCCAGUCCCUGUCCCAGUCCCUGUCCCUGUCCCUGUCCCAGUCCCAGUCCCAGUCCCUGUCCCUGUCCCAGUCCCAGUCCCAGUCCCUGUCCCUGUCCCAGUCCCAGUCCCAGUCCCUGUCCCUGUCCCAGUCCCUGUCCCUGUCCCUGUCCCUGUCCCUGUCCCAGUCCCUGUCCCAGUUCCAGUCCCUCUCCCUCUCCCUGUCCCUGUCCCAGUCCCUGUCCCAGUCCCAGUCCCUGUCCCAGUCCCUGUCCCUGUCCCUGUCCCUCUCCCUGUCCCUGUCCCUCUCCCUGUCCCUGUCCCAGUCCCUGUCCCAGUCCCAGUCCCUGUCCCUGUCCCAGUCCCAGUCCCUGUCCCUGUCCCAGUCCCUGUCCCUGUCCCAGUCCCUGUCCCUGUCCCUGUCCCUCUCCCUGUCCCUGUCCCUGUCCCAGUCCCAGUUCCAGUCCCUCUCCCUCUCCCUGUCCCUGUCCCAGUCCCUGUCCCUGUCCCAGUCCCUGUCCCUGUCCCUGUCCCUCUCCCUGUCCCUGUCCCAGUCCCAGUUCCAGUCCCUCUCCCUCUCCCUGUCCCUGUCCCAGUUCCAGUCCCUCUCCCUCUCCCUGUCCCUGUCCCAGUCCCAGUUCCAGUCCCUCUCCCUCUCCCUGUCCCUGUCCCUGUCCCUGUCCCAGUCCCAGUCCCAGUCCCUGUCCCUGUCCCAGUCCCAGUCCCAGUCCCUGUCCCUGUCCCAGUCCCAGUCCCUGUCCCUGUCCCAGUCCCUGUCCCAGUCCCAGUCCCUGUCCCUGUCCCUGUCCGGACGGAAAAUGGUUUUUGAGGUGUUUACAGAUGAGGAGGAAGAGGAGGAGCAGAGGAGGGGGCACUCUCUCCCGGGGAGAAAUGCGCCCACCCUUAUUCUUUGA